AUGACAAAAGGUUAAUAGAAUUAAUUAAGAUUUAGCUUAAAUAUGAAUUUGAUAUCCUAAUCCAACUUAUCUCAUUUUUAAGAUAAAUAUACCAUUCUAAGGGAUGAGUUUUAUGGUGAAGGGUGCUUUGGUGAAGUGCAUUCUUGUCAAAAAAUUGAUAAUACUGAUCCCACAAUUUAUUGUGUUAAAAUAAUUCCUAUAAAUUUGGAAAAUCAAUAAAUAGGAACAGUAGGUGAAACUGAGAAUAUUAUUAUCAAAACGAUAUCAGAGUUCCACAAAAAUUGUCCUUAAUAAAAAAAUUUAGUUGAAAUAAUUGAUAUUUUUUAUGAAGGGUAUUUAUUAUACAUUGUUAUGGAACUUUGUGAUGAAGAUUUAUAAAGUGAAUUUGAUAAUUUGAAUGAAAAUAAUGAAUGGUAUACAGAAGAAUAAGUUUUCGACUUAAUACAAUAAAUUACUACAGGCUACUAAUAUUUGUAGGAAUUAAAAAUAAUACAUUAAGAUAUUAAGCCAGAGAAUAUUCUUAUUAAAUAUGAAAGUAGAGGUCAAGUAAGCGAGGGAAAAAUAUAUAAAAUUUCAGAUUUUAGUAUUGGAAGAUUGAUGAAAGUACUUUCUAAAAAGAAUGAUUUGAUUAGAACAGGAACUCCAAAUUACUCAGCCCCUCAAAUAUUUGAGAAUGGCAUUGUUUCAGAAAAAAGUGACAUAUAUUCUCUUGGAGUUUUAUUUCAUUAAAUAUGUUACAAAUCUUAAUUUCCUUACAAUUGUGAUUCAAUGUAAACAAGAUUUUUAAGUUUGGAAAAUCUUAGAAAAAAUCCCCUGAGAGCAGCUCCACUAAAUUACAAUAAAGCAAAUAUGUUAAAAAACCUAAUUGAGAGGAUGAUAGUAUACAGUGAAGAAGAUAGAAUUUCGUUUUCUGAAAUCAUCCACCACCCAGUAAUGAAUACUAGAGGCAUAGCAGAGGCUAUGGAAUUUAAUUAUGAGAGUACAAGCUUAAUUAAUGAGAGUAGAUUAUUUAAAAGUCAAGGUAUUUUAAAUAAGUCAUAAAAUUUUGAAAAAAAAAGAGUAGUAUUAAUUUCAAAAAGAUUAAUUAAGUUAUAGAGAUUAUUGGAGUUAUUUUAUAAUAGAUUCAAAAUUUGUAAAUCUUUUAUCAAAAAUAUCAAUGAUGAUGGGACUGUUUCUUUGUUAAAUUUGAAUGUUUACAUUAUAGCAAGUUAUCAAUUGCAAUAUGCCCUAGCAUUAAUUUAUAUCAGACCAUUUGAGUUCCAUCCAAUUAUAUCACAGGAGAAUGAUCAAUUAAUAUUAAUUGAUAAAUUACGUGAUGUUUAAAAUGGAAUUAAAAAUAUUUCAGCAGAUUAGUAAAUUUAUAAACACUUAUAAAAUCAGAUUUUAGACAACUUUUCAAAUUAUGAAAAAUUACAGAAUAAUAUCUAAGCAGAAUAUCAUAAAUUUAGAAGGUAAUUUCAAUCAUUCACUAUUUUUCUUCAUAAAAAAUUUAAAAAUAAAACUAACGCUGCAGAAAUUUCAUUUUUAUCAGAAACAUUUAAUAAGAAAAUCAAUAUUUUAGUUAUAUUUAACAAUCUACAAAAUUUUUAGAAAACCCAUCAAAAAUACUUAUCGCCAGAAUUAUUAUAACUAUUAGAUUAGAUAAUAAAGUUGGAAAUUCUAUACCCAGUAAGCAUUUAUAAAAGUGAGAUUGAUCUAUAGUUCCUCUUCUCUAUCAAAAGAUAAUCCACUGAAGUAUGA